AUGCGCAGCGGCCCGCGGAGGGACGACGGCGCGAUGCGCGGAUCCCAGCUGAGGAUAUUGCUGGUGGGCAAGACGGGGGUUGGGAAGAGUGCGACGGGGAACACCAUCCUUGGGAGGAAUGCGUUUGAAUCAAAUUUGUCACUAAGCUCAAUCACCUCAGACUGCAUCAAGGCCAGGAGCUGCUUCCGUGGAAGACCAAUUGUUGUUGUGGACACUCCUGGCCUUUUUGAUACAAGGGAAAGCAACCAGAGAACAGCUGAAAAGAUUAAGAAUGGCCUGCGGGCCCUCUCUCCAGGGGUCCAUGCCAUCAUCCUGGUGAUGCAGCUGGGCCGAAUCACUAAGGAAGAGAUGGAAGUGGCUGAGUGGGUGACCAAAAUUUUCCAUACUGAAGGAGAGAGGUACAUGAUCCUGUUAUUCACCAAAGCAGAAGAUCUGAGGAAUCCCCAAGAUCUGGAGGUUUUAAUUGAAGCCAGCAAAUGCCUCAAGGAGCUGGCAGCAAAGUGCAGCAGUCGGUACAUCGCUUUCAGCAACAUAGCCACUGGAGAGGCGAGGGAUCGGCAGGUUGCAGAGCUCAUCCACAUGAUUGAUGCCAUGGCAGAGGAGAAUCGCGAUGCUCCACGUUACACGCCAGAAAUGCUGGAGAGAGAUUUGUCUAACAUUUUUGGGAAGCCUUGUGCUAUUCUUUAG